GCCGUGCCGAGUUGUUGCCUCGUUGCUGCUAAGGGGGAGAGAAGAAUGGCUCUCCGAUCACCACCUGUCACCUUGUCGAAAGGAGUACAACCGCUGAUCAAUAGGAGUGGCAGUCAUCCAUUAGCCGCCGAGGCGAUUCCGCCAUCGGGGUCGGUAUCGUCAUCGUCAUCACCGGCGAGGUCUCCAUCGCUAUGUAAAUUGCCAUCGACUUCGCCCUCGGGGGCGUGGAGUAAAACAGACACGUCCACGUGGCGAUCAGGCAGUUGCCGACACCAAUUCCGACCGUUCGGUUCUUCUUCAUCAUCGAGAAGGUCCGUGUUGGCGACUGGUGCUGUUCAGGGAUGGAGAAUUGGCAGCAGAGUGACAUGGGAAUCCGAUUGCUGUGACUGUUCCCCCGUCUCCGCAUAUCAGAAGACCGGCGCUGACAUGAGAAUAGAGGCGAAGAAGCCGAUGGCAACCUUGCUGCGAGGGCCCCAGUUGGGCGAGGGCAACAGCAGCAGGAGAGGAACGGGGUUGAGCAGAAGGGGAUCUGACGGCGCUGCAGAGCUGGUGUCCACGUGCACGUCAACUCCAUCGGCGUCGUCUGUGUUGGUGACGUCGCCCACGUCCAGUGCGGCAGGAGAGUCAGGUGCGGCAGAGGAAGAUCGACAGGCAGCUGUCUCUUUUGUCGGUACCGAUAACGACAACACCGAUGAAUCAGAUGGGAAAUCGUCGAGGGGGCCCGUCGCGGCGGUGCUGGAGCAGAGGUCAGACGAAGAGUCAGCUGAUUCAUCACAGGUGGAGUCGGGCUCGUCAUCACCUGCUUCAUCUGCUCUGUCUUCUUCUGUUUCCUCCUCCUCCUCCUCCUCUGCUCCCUCGCCGAAGUCGUCACCGUCAGGGAAGAAAGGGCAUGGGAGCGGCAGGCGGGUGGAGGAAGAAGGCAGUGGCGGGGAGAAGGGGAAAGGAGGAGAAGGGGAGAAAGGGAAGAUUUACAUCGGGGGUAUACCGCCGAUGGUGACGAAGGAGGACGUGGCGGAGUUUUUCGCGCAGUGUGGAAAGGUAGAUAGAAUCAUUCUAAUAAAGGGCCAUAGGAGGCCGGAGGUGAACAGAGGCUUCUGCUUCCUGUACUUCGCGGAGCCGGGGUCGGUGGAAGCGGCGGCGAGGGCCGUGGCCGAGCUGAACGGGGCGGAUUUUCAGGGCCAUAAGCUGCGGGUUGUAGCAGACGAUGGGCAUUUCCUGAGGGAGAGAAAUGCAGUAACGGAUCACAGACUGCGCACAGGUGACGACACCUUCGUCUUUCGCUCUGAUUGGCAUAGAAAACGCCACGAGGCGGGCCUGCGCCUCCGGGAAUUACUGAAAAGCACCAAAGCAGCAUCAGAUCCCCGUGCUGUCCAGAAAGCUUUCGAGGAAAUCGACAAGCCUCGGCUGGGUGAUUUUGCCCUUCUAGUAACGUAUCAUGCACGACGAGGUGAUAAGCACAGCGCACGGUCUACAUUUGAGAGGAUGCGCUCUCUUCGGAUCCCACCCAAUGACUUUGUGUACACAAGCUUAAUCAACUCCUAUGUUAUGGCUGGAGACAUGCGAAAUGCCAUGAAUUGCCUUGAAGAAAUGGAGCUGGAAGGCGUCCCACCGAAUGCAGCUACCUACACUGUCCUGAUCCAUGGACACGCAAGACAGAAAGACGCUGUGUCAGCUGAGCUUAUGUUUGAGCGGAUGAAACGAGCCAAGAUCUCACCGCUAGUUGCCGCCUACCAGGUUCUCAUUGAUGCUUUCUGCAAGGCUGAUGACGUGGAGAGGAUCGAAAAGGCCAUGGCAGAAAUGGAGGCCCAAGGACUGGAUCCAAACUUGACUAUAUACAACAACCUUCUGAGUACAUUUUCGCGAUUGGGAAAGACGGAUAAAUGCCUCGAUUCAUUCACAAAGCUCAAGGUAUUUGCUGAUCCGAUAUUGGUGUAUGAAGCUUCAUGACCAUAGCCAUGGUUUUAUCACUGAUGAUACCGUAGAAUGCAGAUAGACCUUUGCUAUUCACUUA